AUGAGCUCCCUCAAAUUCCUCGUCUCCUCGCUGGAGGCCAUCGCGGCUUCCAAGGAGGCCCAGAGGAACAAGCAACUUACCGAAUCCCUCCAAAAGACCCUCGCCGCCAUCAAGGAGAGCGAUCCGAACUUCCCAGACCCGGAGAUCGUCUUUGCCCCUCUGCAACUGGCGACGAGGACCGGCAAUGUCCAGCUCAUCACCGGCGCGCUCGAUUGCAUCGGCAAGCUUAUAUCCUAUUCCUACUUUUCCGCCCCGACCACGCCGGACGGCCAGCAAGAUGCCCCCGUCGACCGAGCACCCCUAAUCGAACGCGCCAUCGAUACCAUUUGCGAUUGCUUCCAGGGCGAGACCACAGCCGUCGAGGUUCAGCUCCAGAUCGUCAAGUCGCUCUUGGCUGCCGUUCUUAAUGACAAGAUCGUCGUCCACGGCGCCGGUCUGCUCAAGGCCGUCCGCCAGGUGUACAAUGUCUUCCUCCUCUCCCGGAGCACUGCGAACCAGCAGAUGGCGCAGGGCACCCUCACUCAGAUGGUCGGCACCGUUUUCGAGCGAGUCAAGACCCGUUUACACAUGAAGGAGGCCCGCGUCAGCCUCGACAAGUUGAAGCACAGCUCGAGCAACGUCACGUUCGAGCAGCCCGAGUCCGUCAAUGGAAUGGGCAACACGGCAGAGGCCGAGGAAGAGAGGGAAGUGUCGCCGGCCCCAGGGGCUUCCGAAGAGCCAGCCAAUAGCACAGAGAACGGCAACGGCAAGCUGACGCUGAAGGACCUGGAGCACCGCAAGAGCUUCGACGAUUCCCACCUGGGCGACGGCCCGACCAUGGUCACCGAGAUCAAACCCGGAAGGAAAGCAGCACGAUCCGUCUCCGAGCAGUCCACACCCGAAUCAUCCCUAGAGGACAGCGCCGACGACCUUGACGCCGAGGACGAAGUCUACAUCAAGGAUGCCUACCUGGUCUUCAGAUCCUUCUGCAACCUCUCCACCAAGGUCCUGCCGCCGGACCAACUCUAUGAUCCUCGCGGACAGCCGAUGCGCUCAAAGCUCAUCUCCCUCCACCUUAUCCACACCCUUCUCAAUAACAACAUUGCUGUCUUCACUUCUCCCCUGUGUACCAUUACCAACUCCAAGAGCAACGAGCCCACGACAUUUCUCCAAGCCAUCAAGUUUUAUUUGUGUCUCAGUAUAACGCGCAACGGAGCCAGCUCUGUCGAUCGCGUAUUCGAUGUCUGCUGCGAGAUUUUCUGGCUCAUGUUGAAGUACAUGAGGGAGUCCUUUAAGCUGGAAAUCGCGGUAUUCCUCAACGAGAUUUAUCUUGCUUUGCUGGCGAGAAGGACCGCUCCCAUUUCGCAAAAGGUGUACGUGGUCAACAUCUUGAACAGGUUCUGUGCCGACUCCAGGGCGUUAGUUGAGACGUACCUGAACUACGAUUGCGAAAGGAGCGUGGAUAACAUCUUCCAAACCAUUAUUGAGGACCUCUCAAAGUUCUCCACUGCCGCCGUGCCUAUCACCCCGGCCCAAGAACAACAGUAUGAGGAGAAGAGCUCAAAGAGCACGAAUGGAGGCGACUGGCAACUUCGGCCAAUCUUACCACCACCCCUUUCGGUCGCGCAGAUCGCGCCGCAUGCUGAGCCCGAACCCGAGAUUCCGAAAGAGUAUGUGAUGAAGCGCGUGGCUCUGGAUGCCCUGGUGGACUCCCUCAGAUCAAUGGUCGACUGGUCUGCGGCAGUGCGCGCGGACGCGAACGGAGUCAGGCCCGAUGGCGACACCAGAAACUCCGAAGAUUUGCGACCAUCGAUUGACCCCAGCAUGAGCGACAACCCGUCACGAUUCGAAACUCCGUUACCGUCCACGCCCGUCUUGGAGGACGACCCGGCCUUCCUGGAGAAGGCAAAGGCGAGAAAGACGGCCAUGAACAACGCCAUCAAGCAGUUCAACUUCAAGCCUAAGCGAGGAAUCAAGCUGCUGGUUCAGGAUGGCUUUAUUCCGAGCGACAGCCCGGAGGACAUUGCCAAAUUUCUCCUUACAGAAGAUCGUCUGGACAAGGCACAGAUUGGUGAAUACUUGGGAGAGGGCGACCCUAAGAACAUCGAGAUCAUGCACGCUUUCGUCGACUCUAUGGAGUUCACCAAAAAGCGUUUCGUCGACGCAUUGCGCACCUUCCUGCAGUCGUUCCGUCUGCCCGGAGAAGCACAAAAGAUCGAUCGUUUCAUGUUGAAGUUUGCCAAUCGCUACGUCAUGGGUAACCCGAACGCGUUUGCCAACGCUGACACUGCCUAUGUCUUGGCGUACUCGGUCAUCAUGCUGAACACCGAUUUGCACAGCAGCAAGAUCGCCAAGCGUAUGAGCAAGGAAGAGUUCAUCAAGAACAACCGUGGAAUUAACGACAAUGCUGAUCUUCCGGACGAGUACCUUCUCGGUAUUUACGACGAAAUUGCGAGCAAUGAAAUCGUGCUGAAGAGCGAGCGAGAGGCUGCCGCAGCUGCGGGAGCUGUUCCAGCACCAUCAACCGGAAUCGCAGCCGGGCUUGGGCAAGCUCUCUCGAACAUGGGCCGAGACCUGCAGAGAGAGGCUUACUUGCAGCAAUCCGAGGAGAUCUCACUUCGCUCAGAACAACUAUUCAAGACGCUGUACAAGAACCAACGGAGAAAUGCGCAACGAUCUGGCAUCAAGUUCAUCCCUGCCACGUCCUUCCAACACAUUGGUCCGAUGUUUGACGUAACAUGGAUGUCUUAUUUCUCUGCGCUUUCCAAUCAAAUGCAGAAGACUCAAAACCUCGAGAUCAACAAGCUGUGCCUGGAGGGAAUGAAACUGGCUACCAAGAUUGCAUGCGUCUUUGACCUGUCGACUCCUCGAGAAGCCUUUGUGUCCGCGUUGAAGAACACGACCAACCUCAACAACCCGCAAGAGAUGUUGGCGAAGAACGUCGAGGCACUCAAGGUCAUUCUUGAGCUUGGCCAAACCGAAGGCAACGUUCUGAGGUCGUCGUGGAAGGAUGUCCUGAUGUGCAUCAGUCAACUUGACCGACUGCAGCUCAUCACCGGCGGUGUUGACGAGAGUGUCGUCCCAGACGUUUCCAAAGCACGCUUCAUGCCACCGCAGAGAGAAAACACCAGCGACUCCCGGUCAUCAACGCAGUCCAAGAGACGCAGAAGUCAGGCGAGGCCCGGCACCGGAUCUCACGGCUUCUCAAACGAGAUCGCACUGGAAAGUCGGUCGGACGAGGUGAUCAAGGCAGUCGACAGGAUAUUCAUGAACACAGGCAACCUCAAUGGAGACGCCAUCGUUCACUUUGCCCGGGCGUUGACCGAGGUCAGCUGGGACGAAAUCAAGGUCUCUGGCUCGAACGACUCCCCGCGCACCUACAGUCUGCAGAAGAUUGUCGAGAUUUCCUACUACAACAUGACGCGUGUGCGUUUCGAGUGGAGCAACAUCUGGGACGUUCUGGGUGACCACUUCAACCGCGUGGGCUGCCACAACAACAUCACUAUCGUCUUCUUCGCUCUGGACUCUCUCCGUCAGUUGUCAAUGCGCUUCAUGGAACUAGAGGAGUUGGCCGGUUUCAAAUUCCAAAAGGACUUCCUCAAGCCAUUCGAGCAUGUUUUGGCCAACUCGCAGAACAUUGCCGUCAAGGAUAUGGUUCUCCGAUGCUUGAUCCAAAUGAUUCAAGCUAGGGGCGACAACAUUCGCUCAGGCUGGAGGACAAUGUUCGGCGUCUUCACAGUUGCCGCUCGCGAAACGAACGAGAGCAUCGUGAACCUCGCCUACGAAAACGUCACCCAAGUCUACAAGACCAAGUUCGGCGUCGUCAUUUCCCAGGGAGCCUUUACGGAUUUGAUUGUCUGCCUUACGGAGUUCUCCAAGAACAUGAAGUUCCAGAAGAAGAGUCUCCAAGCACUAGAGAGCCUGAAAUCGAUCAUCCCUCGCAUGCUCAAGACACCCGAAUGCCCCCUGUCUCAAAAAGGCCAGUCCGGAUCGAGCGAGGUUCAAACGUCAGCAGCCGACAAGCUACAGAGAUCACAGAAUCGGACGUCGGUGGAGGAAGGCUAUUGGUUCCCAGUCCUAUUUGCCUUCCACGACGUGCUAAUGACAGGCGAGGAUCUCGAGGUGCGGUCGAACGCCCUCGAGUACUUCUUCGAGGCUUUGUUGAGGUACGGUGGCGAGUUCCCGCCCGACUUUUGGGACAUCUUGUGGCGCCAGCAGCUGUACCCCAUCUUCAUGGUGUUGCGAUCGAGACCAGACCUCAACAACGCGCUCAACCACGAAGAGCUGUCAGUGUGGCUGUCUACCACGAUGAUCCAGGCCCUGCGAAACAUGAUCACCUUGUUCACGCACUAUUUCGAUGCUUUGGAGUACAUGCUAGAUCGCUUCCUGGAGCUGCUGGCACUUUGCAUCUGCCAAGAAAACGAUACCAUCUCCAGAAUCGGCAGCAACUGCCUGCAACAGCUCAUCCUGAAGAACGUCACCAAGUUCUCGCACGACCAUUGGACGAAGAUUGUUGGCGCUUUCUGCGAACUCUUCGUUGCUACGACUGCUAAUCAACUGUUCUCCCCAUCAACGAUCAACUCGACAGCAUCUAUCGACAUGCCGCCUAACGGUCUCGAGUUCACCGGCGCUCUGAGCCCAACGGCCGAAACCACCCCGAUCGACGAGGACUCUCUGAAGAUCAAUGGAUCCGAGAAGAACGGCGACACGCAUUCUGCAGCAGACAAGGGCCCAGCGGCCGACGAGGACGACCUCAAGACACCAACAGCGACCGGUCCCGCACAGCCCCAGGCGCCCUUGGAGGAGUUCAAGCCGACGUCAAACCUGCAGCAACAGCCCGUGGUGGUCACUGCCGCGCGCCGCCGCUACUUCAACCGCAUCAUCUCCCGAUGUGUGCUUCAGCUCCUCAUGAUCGAGACGGUCAACGAGCUCUUCAGCAACGACACGGUCUACGCCCAGAUCCCCACGGCGGAGCUGCUCAAGCUCAUGGGACUGCUUAAGAAGUCGUACCUCUUCGCGAGGAAGUUCAACGCCGACAAGGAACUGCGCAUGCGUCUCUGGCGCGAGGGCUUCAUGAAACAGGCCCCGAAUCUGCUCAAGCAGGAGAGCGGUGCCGCCGCUACUUACGUCGCCAUCCUCUUCCGCAUGUACGCAGACGACAGCGAGGAGCGCGCCUCGGCCCGCGAGGCCAUCGAGCAGGCCCUGAUCCCCCUUUGCAAGAGCAUCAUCAAGGACUUUGUAGCUCUCGAGGAGGACAGCCAGCACCGUAAUAUCGUUGCCUGGCGGCCCGUCGUGGUCGACGUGCUCGAGGGGUACGCGGCCUUCCCCGUGGAGUCGUUCUCGAAGAACAUCAAGGAGUUUUACCCCAUGGUGGUGGAGCUUCUCGGGAGAGACCUGACCUCGGACCUGCGGACAUCGCUGCUGUUGGUGCUGAGACGUGUGGGUGAGGUCGGUCUGGGCAUCGAGGGGAUGACCAAAGUGGAGAUCGAUCGGAGGGAUAGCAUCCUCAGCCACGCGACGGAUAACGGGGUCGACGGACCGGAAGGAGACGCCUCGGCCAGGAUGAGGCGAUGA